CCAACAGCCCUCUGAAGUGUCAGUUAGUUGAAGAUCCCCUUCUCUCCUAAACAUCUAUUUAUUCCCCCCUUCCCCUCCCCAAAUUUUCCUCACACCCAUCCUCACCAAGUUCUUCUCUCUUUUGCUCUCUUCAUCUUUCCUUGAACCUUCCUAGUUUAUGAAAAAUGGCUUCUCUGGGGCUUCUCUUGGUGGGUAUUUUCUCACUACUAUCAUCUGCUUAUGGGUAUGGAGGAGGUUGGAUUAAUGCUCAUGCCACCUUCUAUGGAGGAGGUGAUGCUUCUGGGACCAUGGGUGGGGCUUGUGGCUAUGGAAACCUGUAUAGCCAGGGGUAUGGGACUAACACUGCAGCUUUGAGCACUGCCCUCUUCAACAAUGGCAUGAGCUGUGGAGCUUGUUUUGAGAUCAGAUGUGUGAAUGAUGGAAAAUGGUGCCUCCCCGGCUCCAUUGUGGUCACAGCAACCAACUUCUGCCCACCAAACAAUGCCCUCCCAAACAAUAAUGGUGGUUGGUGCAACCCUCCCCUGCAACACUUUGAUCUCUCUCAGCCUGUCUUUCAACGCAUUGCUCAAUACAGAGCUGGGAUUGUUCCUGUAGAAUAUAGAAGGGUGGCAUGCAGGAAGAGGGGAGGUGUCAGGUUCACCAUCAAUGGCCACUCCUACUUCAACCUGGUCCUCAUCACCAAUGUUGGAGGUGCUGGUGAUGUCCAUGCUGUUUCCAUUAAAGGAUCAAGGACUGGGUGGCAACCAAUGUCAAGGAACUGGGGACAGAACUGGCAGAGCAACUCCUACCUUAAUGGACAGAGCCUUUCCUUCAAGGUCACCACCAGUGAUGGAAGAAGUAUAGUCUCUUAUAAUGUUGCCCCUGCUGGCUGGUCCUUUGGCCAGACCUUCAGUGGUGGACAGUUCCACUAGGGGACAAACCCCCCACCUAUCCAAUCUAUGCCAAGUUUUAGAGUGGUAAUAGUAUAGGGGACAUUAUUUAUCAUACUAUACCAUAUACUUAGUAUUUAAGAACUAGUGCUGCUAUGUUUGGGUCUCUAAGCAAAAGGUUUCUCUCUAGAACAGUAAAAUAUAUUACCAUAUAUAUUUAUUACAUUGGUCAGUGUUGGGUCAAAAUGAGAAGGGCUAAUUUUAAAUGGCCCUUUGUCAUUUGAACAUUAUAAAUUGUUGGGUUUCUGUUUUUCUAUUCAUGGGGAAAGGGGGUUUGAGGCCCAUGCAAGGUGUGAGAGACAGUGAGAGAGCACUCACAGAAGAGAGUGCUCUACCUUUACUGUGUCCAAACAUGGCUCAGUUGGCUGAGGUGCACUUUUACCACCCGCCACUAAGUAUCCCAUAAUUUUUCCUAUUUUUACUUUUUGGGCUUUUUUCAUUUUUGGGGUCUAUCUUUGAUCUUUUGGAAUGAGAAUAUCAUUGUAACGCUGUAACCAGCUUAUGCUGAAUAUGUCAUUUGGUUGUAUUGGAGCUUUUAUUAUGAGAAGAUUGUAAAUGUAAAUCUCCAAUUUUAGGAGUAAUGAAAUUGGGACUUCAUCUAUUGGUGUUUA